AUGCGUCAGUUUAAGCGUGAAUUUCCAACAUUUCCUGUUUCAGUUGGAGAUUUCGUUUUACAAAAAAUUUCUGAAAGCAUUCUUGGAAAUUGGGUGGAAACUGAGCGCAAGAAGAAGGUUAAAGAAGCUUACGAUCAAGGCAUUGCACCUCCUCCUAAACGUAAAAAUUCUAUCCCUCCUUUAAGAAAUAAAAGGGUCGCACUGACUCCUUCAUCAACAUUAUCAAGUUUACAAGAUGAAUUACCAAGCACUAUUACUGCUUCUAUUACUGAUUCAAUUGAAACUGACAGU